AUGGUUGAGGAUCAAUUUUUAAAUACUUUAAAUUCAUAUGCGCUAUUUUAUAAUACCUUCAAUAAUGAUGAUCGUACUAUGAACGACUGUAGUACUAAUGGUGUCCAGCCUGAACAGUUAAAGACUAAAUUAAGGACUAGAGAUAAAUAUUGGAACGACUUAGGUGGGAAGUCAUUCUCAGGCCUCCUGAAGGAAAUUCACAAUGCUCUGAAGGACAUUACUGAUACGAAGAAAUGUAGAACUGAAUACAGCGAUGUUAACGAAACACUUCUUCCCCAAAUGAAAAAAGUAUUCGAUUAUUUCCAGGAACAUGCGACCAUAAACGACAGGUUACUAAAGAAUGGGCCCAAAUGUGACACACAAUGGUCCACUUACGUGAACAAAAUUUCCUCCGCAUGUGAAGCUAUAAGAGAAGAUUGCGCAGUAGAAGGUAAGGGACAGGGAAGUAAUGACUAUUGUGGCGAAUUUAAUAAGAACUACAGGGUACAUUGUGGUGUAGCGGAAGCAUUAAACUUGUAUUGUAAGGAGGCAGCUACCCUAGGGCAAGGUACGCUGUUUACCUCCGUAAAGCAAAAAUUAGAGGCCGAACGACUGCAGGCAAAACAAGAAAAAGAAUCCAUAUCCACCAAACUAGACGAUGCUAUAAGUAAAGCGAGUGCUGCUUCUUCUCUUUCAUCUGCUUUUGGUACCUUAGCAGCAUUAGAAUUACCAGCAUUAGCAUACUUUUUAUAUAAGGUAAAAUAUAUCCAUUCUACAUUAAUUAUAAACCAUGGUCUUCUUGGUUUGGUAACCACACUUCUGGAAAUAGAGGAAGAAGGAGCAACAGAAGCAAGGGAAGAUCAACUGGACAACAACAAUUCGAUACACUCACAGAAAAUAGCUCAACUCAGCAAUAGCACCUACAAGACCAUCUACCACCAGAAGUGGAAGAACAGGACCAGGCACAGGAACAAAUAA